CAUAUCUUUUCUAACCCUGCUAUCCUCUCGUAUCAAGCCCUGUUCACGGUCCCAUGCCACAUCUUCUUCAGAAGGGCCAACUGACCACUGUGAGGUGUUGCCUAUCAGCUGUUCUUCUGACCGCUCAAGUCUACCCGGUUGGCCGCUUGAUGGUUAAUGGAGGAGGGAGUCCCAGUAAGCUCCUCCAGCAAUCCUAGUCAGUCUGCUGCAGAGGUUGUACCAAGUCAUUGUUUUGCAAGUCACAAAGGGAUUAACAACAAUAAUCUGGAGGAGCGUCCGUACCUCCAGCAGGAGUACGUGUGCCAGCACAUCACUCACUUGGACAUGUGCGCCCUCACGGCGCUGCCGCCUGGCAUGGACAAGGCCGAGUGGCUGGCCAGCAACACUGUGGCAUUUUUCAAACACAUAAACCUGUUCUCCAGCGCGCUGUCCGAGUUCUGCACGCCCAGCACCUGCCCGACCGCCUGUGGACCAGGCGACACAGUUUAUGUUUGGACUGACGACCACGGCAGGAAGCUGAAGUGCUCCGCUCCACUUUACUUUGACUACGCCAUGUCCUACAUUCAGGACCUACUAACUGAUGAAGAUGUGUUCCCUACAAAAGCAGGCUCAGUGUUCCCCACAGGCUUCAUCUUUCUGGUCCAGAAGGUGUUUUUGCUGCUGUUCAGAACUCUGGCCCACAUUUACUGGUCGCACUACCGACAGACGCUGGCACUGGGCCUCCACCCACACCUCAACACACUUUUCACACACCUGGCUCUCUUCUGCCGGCAGCACGCUCUCCUGGAUGCGGAGGACACGGAGCCGCUGCGGGACCUCAUUAAGGCUCUGGGACUGCAAGGAUGAGACAGGAAACAUUUGCCAGGUUACAGCUGGAUACGAAGUUUUGUGAAAUGUUCACCAAUAUCAAGCUUCGGUCGUGUAUAGAUUGUUAUUUUUAAUGACCUUUGUGUAUUUUUUACCAUGACAAUGCAUAACUAUGAACUGAUACAGACAUUGCUGGUCCUUUUAAGUAUUCUACAUUUGUAUUCAAAACACCCAUAAUCGUCUGGUGGCCACCUCUCAACUGACAUAACUGGUGGUCCAGUAGCAAGUAUUAACUGUGCCAUCAUCUAUAACCACCAUGACAACAUUAAGACUGCAUGAUUACAAUCUCCUCUCAACUAUUAUAUAUGGAACUACUCAACUUGUGUGUACUCUGUGCCAGAAACUUGUGCCUGGAAAAUAAA